AUUGCAACAGCAGCUUUUUGACAGUUAUUACUCUCUCUGUUAGCAGAACCUCAGGAACCGCAGCUUUAUGUCAAUGAACGCGGCCUCACCUUGACCCAGAGCGGCCCGUUAUCGUUCCGACAGCUUACCUUUUCAUCUCUAACGAGUCCCCGUCAGAAACUCCUCCAACUUUUCCUUCUCUGAGCUGCUUCAUCUUCAAGAGAAACAAUGACAGAGGGGAACAAUGUGACGGAAAGUGACACCAAAGACCCUACCGCCGGAGACGUGCCCGUGCAGCCGGUCUCUGCGAAGGAGGAGAAGGAGGAGAACGGAGAGUAUAAGGUGGUCUUGGCGGAGAAAGCCUCUCCUCCUGCGGCUGAGGAGGUCGAGUUCGUCCACCCCGAGGGCGGCUGGGGCUGGGUGGUCAUGCUGGCAUCCAUGUGGUGCAACGGCUCGGUGUUCGGGAUCCAGAACUCCUUCGGCUUACUGUUCUUGUCCAUGUUGAGAGAGUUCGGCUCAGAGCACGACCCGGACCUGCGCUUCAGAACCUCAUGGGUGGGCUCCCUCUCCAUGGGGAUGAUCUUCUUCUGCUCCCCCAUUGUCAGCAUCUUCACAGACAUCUUCGGCUGCAGGAUUACUGCAGUAGGUGGCGCUGCUGUCGGCCUGGUCGGCCUCCUGGCCAGCUCCUUCGUCAAGAGCCUGAAUGUGAUGUAUUUCACGUAUGGCGUCGUGUUCGCCUGCGGCUGCUCCUUUGCCUACCAGCCCAGCCUGGUCAUCCUGGGUCACUACUUUAAGAAGCGCCUGGGCCUGGUGAACGGCAUUGUGACGGCCGGCAGCGGCAUCUUCACAGUCACCUUGCCCUUCAUUCUGUCACAGCUGCUGGAGAAAGUGGGCCUGCAAAACACUCUGCGUGUUUUCUGCAUUCUCAUGUUUGUACUGAUACUAGCCGGCUUCACCUACAAGCCCCUGCUGCCAGCCAAACCUGCCGAGACCCAAACAGGAUUCCGUCUGAGUCGGAUUUUCAACAUGAACAUCUGGAAGUCUGUGGGAUACCGUAUUUGGGCCUUUGGAAUACCUGCUGCUCUUUAUGGGUACUAUGUACCAUACGUCCAUCUGAUGAGCUACGUGGAAGAGCGCUUUGGGCCAGACGUAAACAAAGAGAUCCUGCUGCUGUGCAUCGGCAUCACGUCCUGCCUGGGCCGGUUCAUCUUCGGCAGCGUGGCGGACUUUGUGAAGGGAUCCAACAAAGUGUUCCUGCAGGUCCUUUCGUUCUUGAUCAUCGGCGUCAUGUCCAUGAUGAUCCCGCUGUGCAACAUCUUUGGAGGGCUGAUCGGCGUGUGCCUGCUGAUGGGGCUUUUUGACGGCUGCUUCAUCUGCAUUAUGGCGCCCAUCGCCUUCGAGCUGGUCGGAGCCAAAGAUGUCUCCCAGGCUAUCGGCUUCCUGCUCGGCCUGAUGUCCGUUCCCAUGGUUGCAGGUCCCCCAAUUGCAGGGUUCCUGAGGGACAAACUGGGCAGCUAUGACAUGGCCUUCUACCUGGCAGGCAUCCCCCCGAUCAUUGGAGGGAUUGUGUUGUGUCUUAUACCAUGGGUGGAGGCCAGGAACAGGAGGAAGCAAAAGGAGGGUCUGAGCAAAGAGUAUGAUGCCAACCAGAAGAUGAUAGAGCUUGAGAAGGCCCAGGAAGAUGCAAAGAACAAAAUAGGAGAUUCUGUCCUCUAAGGCCUUUCCACUGCCUGCCCCCCCCCCCCAAAAUAAACUGAAAGAGACAAUCAUUGGGUCAGCCUGGGGUCAGUGCUGAUCGGCAGUGUUAAAAUGCUGUUCCUUUGUUUUGUUUUUUAGCCUUCAGUAUGAUGAAAUUCCAAAGCAAUGCAACAUAUCAAAGGUAAAGUGUUUGAACUAAUUCCAAAAUAGACGUGAUCCUGAUCUCUUUCCAGACAGCAGACCUCAUUAUAAUGCUGCUCUUUCAGUCCUCAGUGUCUUUACCAAAAUACAAAAGUCUUGUCUUGCAGCUUAACCUGUAGCCAUAGCUGUAGCUGUAGCCAUAUAGCUCAGAACAAGCAUUUACAGGAUUAAACAAGUUUACAUUUAGCUUUGUUUUAUAGAUGAAUCAGCUUCAAAGAUUCCUUCUUAACCACAACCCUAGUUUCAAUAACGUUGGGUAAAACAUAAAAAAACAGAAUAUAAUGAUUUACAAAAUCUUUUCAACCUAUAUUCAAUUGAAUUCACUACAAAGACAAUAUAUUUAUUGAUCAAACAGAUAAACUUUGCAAAUAUUCACUUAUUUGGAAUUUGAUUUGUUCAACACAUUCCAAAAACGUUGGGACAGUCUGAACAAAGCAGUAACACCUGCAGAACGUGGCUUGGUGUGUCUAGCUGGAACAAGCAGGGACGUCCCUGAAAAAGACGUAGCUUGGAUGGUAAUACAUGUUGCUCCAAAAUCCAUAUAUAGCUCUCAGCAUCAACGUUGCCUUCACAGAUGUACAAGUUAUCCAUGGACUAUUUUCAAUUCCCAUACAGACAUCUGAGGUUUAGUAUCAGCCGAUACAGAUCAGAUACAGAAUACCAGAACAGAACUGGCUGAAUGGACUGAACUAUAAAUUUGUUUGAUAACUCUUCACCAGCACAGCACACUUACAUACACUGGUUGCUUCACAAGUCUGGUCAACAUGUGAAAAACAACUUUCAUUUGUUCAGUCAGUGCAAUUAGGAGUAGAACAGCCAAUGGAAAAUAAAUAAUAAAUAAACUGAAACUGACAAAAAAUAAAUAAAUAAAUAGGUUGACUACUUUGGUCAAACAUUUAAAAAUAAACUGCAACGAGCCUUCUUUCAAAGGGCUCAGAAAGUGCAAUUAGGAAUUCUACAUAUAAUGUAAGAUAAAUAAUAAAGCAUGACGUCACUUUAGCUUGGUAUGGUGUAGAGUUUUACCUUGUAAUGUAGAACAAGGUCAAACUUGUUUACCAUGGUUUUCUGAAGUGUUCCUGAGCCCAUGUGGUAACAUCAAUUACCAAAUUAUGUCAGUUUUUAGUGGAGUAGCGAAGGAGGGGUCAAAGGUCACAGAGAUUCAAUGUUGGCUUUUGGCCUUGCCACUUUCUUGCAGAGAUUUCUCCAGAUUCUCUGAAUCUUUGAACAGUAGAUGUUGAAAUCCCUAAAUUUCUUGGAAUUGUACGUUGAGGAACGUUGUUCUGAAACUGUUGGAUUAUUUGCUCACGUAGUUGUUCAAAACGUGCUUAUGAAUGACUGGGUCUUUUGAUGGAUGCUCCCUUUAAUCUCAAUCACGACUCUCACCUGUUUCAAACUAACUUGUUCAGCUGUGAAAUGUUCCAAAUGAAGAUUUUUGUGAGCAUGCAUAGCUUUCCUGAUCUUUUGCUGCCCCUUGUCCAAACGUUUUUGGAACAUUUUUGCAGAAAUCAAAUUCCAAAUAAGUAAAUAUUUGCAAAAACACUAUAGUUAAUCUGUUGAACAUUAAAUAUCUGUGUUGUGAAUUCAAGUGAAUAUUGGGUGAAAAAGAUUUGCAUAUUGUUGUAUUGUGACAUUUUACACAGCAUCCCAACUUCAUUGGAUUUGGGGCUGUAAUCCAUCCAUGUUUCUGAGUCUUAAAGUUUGCAGGAGCUGCAAAAACAGGGUCAUUAAUAUCUAAAAGGGACAUUUGUUAAGAAAUCUUGAAGGUUUGUGUUAAUUUAUGAUUGAAACUGUGAGGACACUCAAACAUUUCUAGGUAAGCUGCUCUUGAAGUUCCUGUUUCCAUUUCAGACUGACACGCAGGUGAUGGUGGUGGUUUUAACAGCACAAACCAAAACAGGAGAGUAUUGCCAACCGUCUCUUUUAGUUUGCAUUUCAGAGUUUUAAAAUGAAGUUAUGGGGUUUUUUUAAAGUAUAUUUUUAACAGAUGUAAACAAAGCAGGAAACAGAAGGUGGCUGUUUGCCAAAUGCUACAUAACCAGAAUUGAACUAACUCAGGAAGUUUCACAGUGUUAAAUGUGAGUAAUUAAGACAUUUGUUGCUCCCUAAAUGUUGAACUAUUCCUUUAUCAAUGCUAAAUUUUGCUUCACUGUUAUGAAUUGAAUAGUGAUUCAGAAUGAAAGUGUGGCCUUCAUCUUUCUCUACAUGCCUUAACAUAACCUAAUGUAUCGAUUAUUGUUUUUUGUUUGUUAGUUUUUUUUGCUGUGAUUUGGGCAAAGCUUCAAAACCCAAAAGCACCUUGUUAGUCGCCAUAUUAUUUCAACUUCUCCACGUCACACAGCAAACAUGGCCUUCAACAUAUUUACUUGGGAUUUUAUGCGUCAGACCAACACAAAAGCCUCCCCACAGCACUAUGCAGCCACCACCAUGUUCCACGGAGGGGGUGGAGCAUUCAGGGUGAGGUGCACUGCACUUUCCAACACGUUUGCUGUGUCUCAUUUGGCAAAUUCCAAAUGAGACUAAAUGAGAAUUCAGAUCUUAAUAUGUGACUACAUUUUAAAAGCCUCGUAUCAUUUUUCUCUCCAUCUUGCAAUUACGCACUGCUUUGUGCUAGUCUGUCGCUACAAAAUCCUAAUAAUUUACACGUAAUAAAAAAACAAAACAAAACACAAAGUCCAGGUCAUAAAGCUGCUGCCAAAACAUCCCACAGAUUACCUGCAUGGAUGGAGGAUCAAAUCAUUUUACACCCCAUAAAGUCGGACUGCAUGAUGAGUUGGUAAAAAUGCUAUUACUUAUUCACCUCUAGUAUCUUAUUGUUUUAGAUGCCCUCACUGGUGAGUGGACCUGGGACUUAAACAUUAACUAUAUGACCAUCACGAGAUCUAGGCCCAGUUAAUCAGUAACUUUGCAUAAUGUAUAUCUGGUUAUAUAAGAAAUAUAUAGGAGAAAAAUAUGUCUUGUAUUUAUUUGUGUCUUGUUUUUGUUGGAAUUUAAUGCCAUAAUCAGUCAGCAUUCACCUGCAGCCUUUACCUUGUUCGCUGAAGACCAAAGUGUGAUGAAGUGAGUUUAUCUGAGAGUGCGUUUGUCCUGUUUGUCUGCUGUCAUUCACUCUUUAAGGCCUACCUGCUGGUAGUGCCAUGCCCCAUGUCGAGUUUCCUGGAGCAGCAUGGCUGCCCUGCAGUGGAGCAGGAAGUGAGUGAAGACAGAGCUGAGUCCGAACUCCCUGCAGCUCGGAGCUGUGAAGCUCUUCCUGCACAAAGCCAGAGAAACCUUUAUUUAAUACAAUAAGUGAGAGAAGUUUAUGGGUGUUUACUAACUAGAGAGAUAUUUUGAAUAAAACUGACUUUUUACUUUACACUUGGCUUAUUGCACCAUUAUCUGAAUGGAGCUUUUGCCUGCCUUAAAUGCUGCAGCAAAGUUGGGAACUUUUAUUAUGCUGUUUAUAUCAUAUUUUCACAUUUUGUCUAGCUGAUUUUACAUAAAAGCUUCAAAACACAAUAUGUGCCAUUCAAAAAGACAUAUUUCAAUGAAGAGACAAAUUCUUAGAAGUGCUUUCUGUCUUUUAGAAAUCUACAUGUCAUGCUGGGCUCUUAUCAGCCACAAUGCUUUAGGCUUUUUAUUAUUUACUAAUCUUGAAUCCGCCGACUGGCCUUAAGCAGAAUAUCUGCACAUAUGAAUUUGGCUUUGUCUUUGUCUGAGUUUUGUAUAUUUUUGUCUUAAAUUCUUCUCUCUUUUUUUUUUAAUGUUCUGAAUUAAAAAUUCAAAAUGUAUCCCAACGUGAGUCACCUACACCAACAGGGCUGUGCUUGGGUUUUACUGUUAAACUACAGUGGUAAGCACAGUCACAUAUCAGUUUUACAGAGUAAAAAAGAUUUUCAUUA